AUGGAUCUGACCACGACAAAAAUAGUGGUGGCCGUGCUCUUCGGACUGUUGCGGUUCUUUUUCGGCAUGCUGCCGCUGAAGUUAUACCGCCUGUUGAGGCGGUGGGAAGAAGAGGACGACUCCAACACCUUCAUCAACAAGAAGAGGCACGCUCAGGUGAACUGUGCCAUCGCCUUGUGUCAGUCCUUCGGCGGAGGAGUGCUGUUUGCCACUUGCUUCUUGCACAUGAUGUUGGAGGUACACAGCUCGAUGGAAGAACUGAAAGCAUUAGGCAACUUAAACACCGAAUACCCUCUAUCACAGAUGACCAUAUGCGUAGGCUUCUUUUUUGUUUACUUCUCCGAGGAACUUUCCCACUGGUUCAUAACCAAGUUACCCGACGAACCAUGCUCUACUCAUCUGAAGAAGAUAACUCCUAGCGUAACGCCUUUGGAAGAACCUAGCGAUAAAACCAAAGCCUUUAUUAUAGAUGAGGAAUAUGAGAAAACCAAGGAUAAUGAAGUCAAAAGCAUUAGAGAUCUGAAGGAAGAUGUGUUAAGUAUAGAUGAAAAUCAUGAAAAUAUAGUAUACGACUCCUUAAGUUUGAACUCGGAAGUGGAAAAAGAGAAUGAAAAGAACCUUCAAUUGAACAAAGAAGCGGAGAGAAACGUUGAAGAAGCGGUCCAGUACGAAAUUAAAACUCAGCAGCAGAUAAUGCGGUGGGUAUUCGUGGUACUUGCCCUGUCCAUGCACGCCAUUUUCGAGGGAUUGGCCAUUGGGUUGCAGAACAACAAGGCCGACAUUUGGUACUUAUUCAUCGCUGUGUCCAUACACUCAGCGACGAUACUCUUCUGCAUGGGCCUCGAGCUGCUGCUGGCUAAGACAAAGACAAUGUUUAUUUUUGUUCAAAUGCUAAUCCUAGCCUUGUCUAGCCCAAUUGGUGUUACCUUAGGCUUACUUUUCACCAUCAAAAUGAAUAUGGAGCCUAAAGCUAAGUCUACCGCUGUGGUGCUACUGGAGGGUUUCUCUGCGGGCGCCAUCUUAUACAUAACUUUCUUCGAGGUUCUCAACAGGGAAAAAGAGAGGAGGGUGUAUCGGAUGUACAGGGCGGUGUGUAUUUUGGGUGGGUUUGGCCUUAUGUCGUUUUUACAGUAUUUAGAAUUUUACCAUUACGAAAAAUAA